AGGAUGUCCUGCACGUACGCAGACACGCGCGCGCCCACACUAUCGCACGAGCAGAUAAAGUGAAAGGCAGUCAGUAUCUGUCACUUGUAGCUGCAGACUGCCUGGUAAGAGCUGUCACUCCUGCCUCUGUGACCACAAGCGUCCUUUACGCCUCAUCAUGUCGCUGCCCGCCGUCUCCAGGCUGUUCAGGACUGCUCUGAGGACCAGAGUCAUUCCUGCGGCCAAUCUGACGACCAAACCUGCCAAAGUAAACCUCUCUGCUGCGGAGCAAGCAAUAGGGAUAACAGCCUUUUUGUCCGCCAUCCUGAUUCCCUCUUUCUGGGUAUUGGCUCACAUUGAUGACUACAAAAAGAAGGCAUAGAGGAACUGGAAGAUGUAGGAGGAUGGAGUUCCAGUCAAUCUUUCUCCAGCAUCUGAUGAAACCAGAUGAUGGUCUUCUUUAUUCCAGUUCCAACAUUUGGGUGUUGAUAACAUUCACCAGUGCUCCAACCAAAAAACAACACAUUUAAACACAAGCAUUGUUCCGUUCUUGCUGGUGAUGUUGAUGUAGAUGGAUUAGAAUGUCAUAGUGUGCCUUAUAAUAAAUAAAAAAUGAUCACCAGA